AUGGAGAACCACACACAAGCAAACAAUGACACUGGUACCAACGACAACACUAACCACAACGAUGACGUCAAUAUUAAUAGGAACGGGACAACUGGGAUCAAUAAUCACAUUCCUACACCCACAGCCAACCUACCCGGGAAUAUCGAAAAUCAAAUUUUGGAAGAAUUAGAAAGGCUGAAGAGCACACGUCAGAAUGAGAGGACACAUCUAUUCUCUGAAUUUCGCAAACAGAGACCGCCGAUCUUCACUGGUGAGCCUGAUCCUAAGAUCGCUGAAAAUUGGAUUCGACAAAUUGAGAAGAUGCUGGAGACAAUGGGAAUAGUCAAGCAUACAGACAAGAUCGCUCUAGCCGUUUACCAGUUGGAAGGUGAGACAGACCAUUGGUGGACAUUAAUCAACGAAUCUAGGGACAUCACGACUAUGACUUGGGUGCAAUUUAAAGAAUCGUUUCUGAGGAAGUAUUUCCCACACAUUGUUAGACAGGAAAGAAUUCGUGAGUUUCAAUUGCUAGAGCAAGACACGAUGACGGUGACCCAAUACGUGGCGAAGUUUGAGGAAUUAGCUCGUUAUGCAACUCGAUAUGUAGCCGAUGACAAAGAAAAAGCACGAAAAUUUGAGUGGGGUCUAGACCCUAUAAUCAGAGGAAGGGUUUUGCCCUUGCAACUUCCUACUUUUGCAGAUGUAAUGGACACAGCACUAGACGCAGAACAGGAGAUGGUAGAUACUAGACAGAUUUGGAGCUUAAAGAAAGAAAGUCAAUUCGAUGUGGGACCAAAAAGAAACAGCCGAAGACAUGCAGUACAAAAACCGUACUCUAGGGCACCACCACAACAACAACAACUACAACAACAACUGCAACAGCAGUACCAGAAGGAAAGCUUUCAAACAAGAUCAGCUUGGCCGAUCUAG